GUUCACACCCCCAGGCUCCACGUUCCCGCCGGCCCCAGCUCCAGCCCCCCAGCCCACCGUGCAAACAUGCUUAGACAGAGAAGAGAUUAACUUCAGUGGCUUCCCACUAAUUACAGAGAUUAAGAAGUGGCUGCCUGAACUAUUUUCCAAAGGAUACACAUUACAAAUUAUUGAAUAGGGCAGCUCACCAAGAAGAUCCUGUUGGUUUGGGGGGAACACAACUUCCAGCAGCCACAAGGGAUGCUGCUACUCAGGUGCCAACUGAAACAAGCUCCUCCACAGAAGGUUUCGUGUAGGUUUUGUGUCGUGAUGGGGAAACUGCAAAGCAAACUCAAACACAGCACUUAUAAAUACAGCAGGCCUGAUGAAAUUAUAGAAGAGAGAAUUCAAACUAAAGCUUUUCAAGAGUAUAGCCCAGCUCACAUGGAUACCGUCUCUGUCGUGGCUGCUUUGAACUCAGACCUUUGUGUCUCUGGAGGGAAAGAUAAGACAGUUGUGGCCUAUAAUUGGAAAACUGGAAAUGUGGUGAAAAGGUUCAAAGGACAUGAACAUGAGAUCACCAAGGUAGCCUGUAUUCCCGAAUCCAGCCAGUUCUUCAGCGCCUCUCGUGACAGGAUGGUCAUGAUGUGGGACUUGCAUGGUUCCUCACAACCAAGGCAGCAAUUGUGUGGCCAUGCCAUGGUGGUCACCGGAUUGGCUGUGAGUCCAGACUCAUCACAGCUGUGCACUGGCUCUCGGGACAACACCCUGCUUCUGUGGGAUGUGGUGACAGGACAGAGUGUGGAAAGAGCAUCUGUUUCCAGGAACGUGGUCACUCACCUGUGCUGGGUCCCCAGAGAACCAUACAUACUACAGACCUCUGAAGAUAAAACCCUCAGAUUAUGGGACAGUCGGGGGCUGCAGGUAGCUCAUAUGUUUCCUGCAAAGCAGCACAUUCAGACCUACUGUGAAGUCAGUGUGGAUGGACACAAGUGUAUCUCCUGCAGCAAUGGCUUUGGAGGAGAAGGCUGUGAAGCCACGUUGUGGGACCUAAGACAGACUCGAAACAGAAUAUGUGAGUAUAAGGGGCAUUUCCAGACUGUCGCAUCCUGCGUCUUUCUACCAAGAGCAUUGGCCUUGAUGCCUUUAAUUGCUACCUCAUCACAUGAUUGCAAGGUGAAGAUUUGGAAUCAAGAUACUGGAGCCUGCCUUUUCACCUUGUCUCUGGAUGGAUCAGGACCCUUGACUUCUCUGGCUGUUGGUGACGCCAUCUCCUUAUUGUGUGCAAGUUUUAACAGAGGAAUUCACUUACUCAGAAUGGACCACAGCCGAGGGCUGGAACUGCAGGAAGUGGCAGCAUUCUGAGGCCAAGAGACACUCACUGGACAAUAUCAGACCAUGGCUCCUCCUCAGCGUGGCUUUGUGUCUUUCCCAGUUAUCUUGCGGGGAGUGGGAUGUAGGCCUGGUAUUCUUUGCUUAGGUUCACUUACAAGAUGUAUCAGUAUUGUAAGUCCAAUAAUUUAAGUCCAGUGAUUCAAAAUCAGGUAUAGAGUCCAGAAACAUGGACUACACAUAAGGUUAUCUAUUUAAGUUAAAUACAAAUGCAACUUUUUAGUGAGCUUUUAGGACUACUCUUCAAAAACAUUUAUUGCUCAGAAUGAUGACCUGUAAAUGUAAGAGUGGCAGGCCUCUGUCUGUGGAAGUCAGAACACAGGGCUCGAGCCUCUGGAACUGACCCUUUCCAAGUCUUUACAAAAGAAAAAAGGUAGUGGGGAGAGAGAGUGUUUUGGUUACAUCAGAAAUAAUUGAGAUGGGAAAGAAUAGUGCAGCUCCAUAGAGGAGACAGACUGUAGACAAUGAGAUUAAGCUUCAAUCACUGCUCCUCAGCAAUGUGAAGAAUCAAAGUCAGGGCAAGAAAGCGAAAGCUUGGACUUCUAUUCAAAGUGGCGCAGAGUGGGAGGGUGGUAUCCUUCUAGCCCAAUGCUGUUGAGCUUGUGUGAAAAUCAGACCUGAGAUGGCUUGAAGCAGCCAAGAACCACAUGGGCAUUGCCCAGAAUUAUAGGAGUUAGCACACCUGCUCUACAGAUAAGAAAACAUUGAAAUUCAAAGAUUAAGGCCAAAAAUAUCUCACUUGCAAUUUUAAUAUUUUUAUUUGGAUUUGUAUAAAUGAAACAUAUAUAUGUUUUGGAAUAUAUAUAUGUUUUGGAAUGGCCAGAGUGAGGCAAAGGAGAUCCCUGAAAUAACAUUAGAACAUACAGGAAAAAUGAGUAGGCGGAUCACUUUAGGUCAGGAGUUCAAGACCAGCCCAUACGUGCGUGCCUGUAGUCUCAGCUACUCGAGAGGCUGAGGGGGGAGAAUCACUUGAACCUGGGAGGCGGAGUUUGCAGUGAGCUGAGAUUGUGCCACUGCACUCCGGUCUGUGUGACAGAAUGAGACCUUGUCUUGGAAAAAAAAAAAAAAAACAUACAGGAAAAAAGAGGGAUGGAGUCAACUGUGCCCUAGACAUUAAGCUCCCUUCAGUGAGGAGGGGCAAGGUGCUCAGGCCUGCCUGUGUGGCCCCCAGGAGUGAGACCUCAGCCUCGUGCUCACAGGUCCAUUUUCCUCCAGGGAAAAUGGAGUUCUUUCUGCCUUCAGAGACACCCACACAUAAGGCACAUGAGGCUGUUGGUGACGCCAUCACCAACACUGGAGAUUCCCUUUCUGACAAGUCCCAGCCAAAGAAAGAUUUUGCAUUUGUCUUCUCUGGCCUCUGAUUGUCUCUGAUACCAGUGGCUGACAGCCACCUUCCUUGUUCCCUCUCUUGGUGUGAUCAUGGCUAACUGCAGCCUCAAUCACCAGGGCUCAAUCAAUCCUCCCUCCUUACCCUCCUGAGUAGCUGGGACUGCAGGCAUGCACCACCACACCUGGCUAAUUUUUUGUGUAUUUGUGUGGUCUGAAACUCCUGGGUUCAAGUGAUCCAUCUGCCUCGGCCUCCUUAAGUGUUGAGAUUACAGGUAUGAACCACCGCAUCCAGCUGAGAGUCUGUUCUUAAGCUAGUACAAAGAGUCAGACCCGACUUUGAAUCUCCACUUCUCCAUUUAGCUGGAUGAUCUUGGGCAAGUUAUAAAAUCUGUUUCCUCUUCACUUUAUAACAUGGGGUUCAUGAUCAUACCUCAUCACAGGGCUGUUCUGAAGACUGGACAUAGCUAUUUUAAAUGCCAGGAAAGGCCAGGCGCAGUGGCUCAAACCUGUAAUCCCAGCACUUUGGGAGGCCGAGGCGGGAGGAUCACCUGAGGUCAGGAGUUCGAGACCAGCGUGACCAACAUGGAGAAACCCCGUCUCUACUAAAAAUACAAAAAUUAGCCAGGCAUGGUGGUGCAUGCCUGUAAUCCCAGCUACCUGGGAGCCUGAGGCGGGAGAAUCGCUUGAACCCAGGAGGCGGAGGUUGCGAUGAGCCGAGAUCGCGCCAUUGCACUCCAGCCUGGGCAACAAGAGCGCAACUCCGUCUCAAUAAAUAAGUAAGUAAAUUCCAGGAAAGGUGGUGACAAAUGGUAUGCAUAAUUAUUUAUUGUCCUCUCUGUCCAGACUAAAUGUUCCAUUUUCCAUAUUAAACAUUUACCAUUCUGCCAGAUGCGUUGGCUCAUGCUUGUAAUCCCAGCACUUUGUGAGGCCUAGGCGGGCAGAUCACAAGGUCAAGAGAUCGAGACCAUCCUGGCCAACAUGGUGAAACCCCGUCUCUACUACAAAUACAAAAAUUAGGUGGGUGAGGUGGUGCGCGCCUGUAGUCCCAGCUACACAGGAUGCUGAGGCAGGAGAAUCGCUUCAACCCGGGAGGAAGAGGUUGCAGUGAGCUGAGAUUGUGCCAUUGCACUCCAGCCUAGGCAACAGAGAGAGACUCUGUCUCAAAAUAAAAUAAAAUAAAAUAAAAAUAAACGUUUACCAUUCCUUCAUCCUUUUUUUUUUUUUUUUUUGAGACGGAGUCUCGCUGUGUCACCCAGGCUGGAGUGCAGUGGCGCAAUCUCUGUUCACUGCAAGCUCCGCCUCCCAGGUUCACACCAUUCUCCUGCCUCAGCCUCCCGAGUAGCUGGGAUUACAGGCGCCCGCCAUCUGGCCCGGCUAAUUUUUUUUGUAUUUUUGGUAGAGACGGGGUUUCACCGUGUUAGCCAGGAUGGUCUCAAUCUCCUGACCUCGUGAUCUGCCCACCUCAGCCUCCCAAAGUGCUGGGAUUACAGGUGUGAGCCACCGCGCCUGGCCUCCUUCAUCCAUUCUUAGAUCUUAUACUCUAACCCUUUAGUCAUUGUUUCACUCUCCUUUGAUUCCUUGUUAUGGGUCUUUCAACUCUGGAAAGACAAAGAGGUAGUGGGAGAUGAAGCUCGGUCACUGAGCAUCUACAGAGCGCUAAAUACAUUUAUUCUCAUUUGUCAUUCCCAAUAUUCCCUCUAUUGUGAUUUCCAUUUCACAGAUGAGGAAGCUGAGGGCUAGAAACAUGCAGUAGUUUGCCCAAAGUUACACACAUAUUAAGGAAAGCUGAGGUAUGAAUCUGGGUCUGCCUGACUCAAAGCCCAAACACUUUCCUUUGCAUCAUGUCACAAAGUCACAGACCAUGACAUUGUUUGUAUCUUCAAGACCAGUUAUUAACUUUCUGGCUCCAAGGAGAUCCCCUGCCCAAGUGCCUAGGGGCAGUAGACAGCUGUCUCAGGGACAGUCCUAGCAUGUACUGGAUUAUUAGUGCAGCAGCUGACACUUUUUCCCAGAAGGGAGAGAGGCAGCAAGUCAGAAAGUUCACGGGAAUGAGUUGGGAGGGGGUCCCAGGGAAGGGGGACAGGCUGCCAGGAGAAGGAAAGUACACAUGAGAAAAUAGUGGGGCUCUGAUGAGUUAGUAGGGUUUUGUUACCAAUUAAAUUGUUUCCAUAAACUGUA